AUGCGUUCCACUUCCGUCUCGGCCGCUGCCGCUCUUUCCCUCGCUCUGAGAGCCUCUGCCCAGUCCUCGGACGAAUCAUGGAUCGACAACUACAAGUUCGGCAACAUGUUCUACACCGGGCCCACCAGCGGCGGUGCCGUCAUCACCAAGGCCACCUACACCAUGGCGCCCCCCGAGAUCCCCUGCGGCUACAAGACUGGCGGCUCCAUUAACGAGGAGCUCGCCCUCUGGAUUGGCGCCCAGCCCAACCCCACCGGCAAGGACGUCCUGCAGCUUUCUUUCGUCCAGCCCCUCAUCAACUGGGCUCCCGACCAGCAGGCCACUGGUUGCGACUCUACCAACGAGAACUGGUGCAUUUCUGCCAGCUCGUACCAUCCUUCCGGCCAGGUCAGCGCUGGCUACGUGCCCGUCGCCCCCGGCACUUCGCUGGACUUCGAGAUCGCCGUCGAUGAGGCCAGCACCGAAAUCACCCAGAAGGUCUGGAACAACGGCGAGCUCAUCUCCUCGCAGUCGGACAGCCCCGGCAUGAAGCUCGAGGUCUUCUACUCUGGAAACGAGUGCUACGGCGACGACUGCGGAACCCUUCAGGGCUACAGCUGGAAGAACAUCACCGUUCACCUCGACAAGGCCGACGCGGCUUUCGGCAACACCCUCAGCCUGACUGGCGCCACCUCGGAUGGUUUCUCUACCUCCGACGGCGGCAAGACCUGGCACGCCGAGGAGAUCAAGAUCAACGAGGACUACUUCUACCAGAGCGGUGCGAAGAAGGAGUGCUCUUCGUAA